GAGUGAGUGAGUGAGUGACUGAGUGAGUGAGUAAGUGGUGAGGAGGAGCUUUCACAAAUGGCUGCCGCCACCUCCACCCCUGCCUCCACCUCCUCGACCUCUCAGUCCACCUCCUUCCCCCUCGUUCUCGUCGCAGUGGACUUAGCCUGCAUCAUCCUUGCCGCUCUGCCCACUGUGGUGUUGGCCAUUGUGGACCGGCCCUAUCAGCGAGGCUUUAGCUGCGUGGACGAGUCCAUCCAGUACCCCUACCUGGGGGUGGAGACCGUUCCAUUCAGCGCCGUCGUCGCGGGGGGGUUUCUGCUCAACAUCAUCCCCAUGGCUGUGGGUGAGUGGUUCUGGUCUCGGAGUGACGGAGCUUCGUCACGCUCCUUCGUGCGGAACUUGGCUGUCUCCUCGCUCUACAAGACGCUCGGAGCCUUCCUGCUGGGCGCGGCGAUGAGUCAGGCCUUCACGGACGUGGCUAAGUACUCCAUCGGACGCCUGCGUCCGCACUUUCUCCACGUUUGUGGCCUGGCGCCGGGGUUCAACUGCUCAGCCGCAAUGUCAGGAGCUGUGGCCUGCACGGGAGAAGCCCACCUCGUCAAUGAGGCCAGGAAGUCCUUCUACUCUGGCCACUCAUCGUUUGCGAUGUACUCAAUGCUCUACCUUGCGCUGUAUCUGGAAUCC